CCCGCCAUGUCGGCUCUCCUGAAGCUGCUCGUCGUCGCCGCCGCAGCCUCCGCCAGCGUCGCCUGCCUUUCCGCCACUCUGUACGCAGGUAGUGUGUUCCUACCAGAGGCAGAUGAUGCGUGCCUGGGCUGCCUGUGUGAGGCGACUUCGGGCUGCAACAUGAGCGCCAUGUGCCUGCCACAGAGGACGCUGUGUGGGCCAUUCCUGGUGGCGCCACAGUACUGGAGAGACGCAGGAUCUCCACUGCUGCGUGGGGACUGGCCUACCAAUCCUGGUGCAUACUACCGUUGCGUUACAGAUAUUUUUUGUGCUGCUGCUACUGUUAGAGGGUAUCUCAGUAGAUAUGCACAGGACUGCAACUGGGAUGGGAGAGUGGACUGUGAUGAUUAUGCUCGCAUACAUUACAUGGGUGGACAUCAGUGUACUCUGCCAGUGGAACAUCUGGGGUACUAUAAAGUAUUCAGGGAGUGCAUGGAUAGUCUUCAGCAGCUCAAUGGUUGAAAAGAAACUGUUGAUCACACUUAUUCUUGAUCACUCUUACCCACCGACAUUUGUAUGAUAUUCUUUGUAAGGACUGUACUCUUCAGCUACUUUCUGAACAACUAGUGUAAGACAUUAGAAUAUAUGAGAGAGUGGCAAUUUCUGGAAGUGUCAUAAGAAAUAUAUAUGAAAACAAAUUAGAGGAAAAGAGUUUGAUUUAUUUUUGUACAAAUAGGACAGUUUCGGAGUAAAUACUUAUCCCUUAACCUGUCUAAGUCUGUAAGGAAAUCGUAUUUACUUGAAUUUUAAAAAUUUAGCAUGGAGCUGUUAUUCUGGUUCUAUAAUAAUAAACUAGGAACAUAAUAAUCAGGAUUUGUUCACAAUAAAGUCAUUUGAUUUGUACUUAUGAAACCAUUAUGCAUAUGAUGUAGUUGGAUUCAUGGAAGGAAUGCAUGUUUAUUUGCAAAAUGAAUUUUCACUGAGUAUGUCCUGAUUUGAAACUUCCUGGCACAUUAAAACUGUGUGCCAGACAGCAGUUUAACCUGGAGACCUUUGCGCCACAUGAGUAAGUAAUCUACUGACCAAGUUAUCCAGUAGAGAACUUGCCUGCAAAAGACAAAGGUCCCAUGUCUGAGUUCCAGUUGAACACACAGUUUUAAUCAGCCAGGAAGUUUUACAUUUUUAUUUUCACUCACUGGUAGCCUAAAAUUCUGUUCACUGCCCAAGAAUGCAGUAGUGGAAGUGGAAUGAGUAAGACAAUGGCUCACUGUACAAGGAAGUCCUUGAAAAGUAGAUAAGCACGCAAUCAAAACAUUGAACACUGUAGCCUUCUUCAGUUUUCAACUUGUAUAUUCUGAAAAGGAAUGUGAGUUUGAAAGCUAAAUUGCUGCUUUCAUCUUCUUUUCCUGUUCCUACCUAUUGCCAAACACCUUCCCUAUACAGUGAAUGUUACCCUUGCAGAUACAAAUUCCUGUAUUCCAAAUUGAAAUAUAUAUUUUCUGUUUUAGGUAAAUAAAGAUACAGAAAUUUAUAGGCAACAAAGUACCAAGUUGAUGAUCUCAGUGAUGUGAAUAAAUCACCAAAUGCUUACAGAUGAAAGUGAAGCAAGACAGCCAGUCACUUGCAAUUGAUGUGUUGGUGGUGCACAAAUACACACAAUAGCCAAAAAAUUGUACUAGCUUUCCGGAAAGUUGUUACUCUUUUUAAUGCAAGCACACACUUGUACAUACAAACACAGACACCCAAAUGCACAUUCCUGCGACAGAAUUGUGUCUUUGUUGUUUCUGUCUUGGAAUUACCUGUAAAUUUUGCAUUUGCUCUCCAAUCAGACUAAAUGUUACAAGUUACAUCAUUACUCAUGGUAUUAUUUCCUUUGUAUGGUUCUGAAAACUGUGGUGAAGAUCAAUAAUCCUGUUUCAUUUCUGUACUUUUUUAUUACAGAUGUAUCUGUAAGUUAAUGGUCUUUCUUUUUAAUAUAUCCAGUUUUACAAAA